AUGGGCCGCGAUUACUAUCGAGAGCUCGGCGUCGCCAAGGACGCCAAGGAUGCCGACAUCAAAAAGGCGUACCGAAAGGCCGCCGUGCAGUGGCACCCCGACAAAUGGGCGGGCAGGUCGGAGAGCGAGCAAAAGACUGCGGAGGAGAGGUUCAAGGAGGUGGCCGAGGCAUACGACGUCCUCUCCGACCCGGACAAGCGCGCCGUGUUUGACCGAUAUGGCGAGGAGGGGCUCAAGGCUGGCGGGCCUCCGCCGCCGGCCUCGGACGGCGACACGCACCACUUUGGCGGCUUUGGCCAGGACCCGGCCGACAUCUUUGCGCAGUUCUUUUCCGGCGGCUUCAAGCGGCAAAACUCGUUUGGCGAGACCCCGUUCGAUGGGCACGGCGGGCUCGAGGAGAUGCUCGCCGGGAUGGGCGGCGGUGGUGGCGGGAGGCCCAAGGCCAGGCGCUGCCACCUCCCGGAGCGCGAGCACAAUUUGCCCUGCACGCUGGAGGAGCUGUACCGCGGUAAGCUCAAAAAGAUGAAGGUGACGCGCAAGUCGCUGACCCCUGGUCGGCCGACAGAGAAAAUCCUCGAGCUGCCCAUCCGGCCCGGUUUCAAGGCUGGGACGAGGAUCACCUUCUCGGGCGAGGGCGACGAGUACGCUGUCCCUCCCCCGGGCGCCCCGCCGUGCGCGCAGGACAUCGUGUUCAUUAUUCGCGAGGCCAAGCACGAGCGGUUCCACCGCGAGGGCAGCGACCUACACUACCGCAUCAAGAUCUCGCUCAGCGACGCGCUCUGCGGCUUUACGCACGACAUCAAAAUGCUCGACGAGCAGGAGCGGGUCAAGCGGCUCAACAUGCGGACGCCCGUCUCCAACGUGACGACCAAGGUGCUCGCGGGUGAGGGCAUGCCCAAGAGCAAGGAGCCCGGCAAGAAGGGGGAUCUGAUUAUCUCUUUCGAGGUGGCCUUCCCGACUCGAGAGCUCACCGACACUCAAAAGGCCGCCGUCCGCUCCGCCCUGCCCAUGGGUUGAGCGAGGAGUCGGGGACGGGCGGUGGAUGAUGCUUGGUGCUCGCGCCCUUCCUCCGCCCACCGCUUCGCGGGACCUGCGAGCAUCUUACUAGGACCUAGCACCCGCAGUCUAGACCAGCGCAAGCAUAGAGGUGUACGCUCGAGAUCUGAGAGAUAGGGUCGACCCGCUUGAUGCGGACCGCGAGGUCUUCCGGCCAGAGCUCACGUCAUCGCGGCAGCGUCUGCUGCAGAUCCUGUUACGCGCACG